GCUAUUGUGAUGUCGAAUGCAGGGUCUAAUGGUGCGAAGGAAUUCGAGGGCAAGAUCACAAUCUAUGUUGUGAUCUGCGGAGUAAUUGCAGCUACUGGAGGCCUCAUGUUUGGCUAUGACAUUGGAAUAUCAGGGGGAGUGACAUCUAUGGAUGACUUCUUGGAGGAGUUCUUCCCUGUGGUCUAUGAGAGGAAGCACAAAGCCAAGGAAGACAACUACUGCAAGUAUGACAACCAAGGCCUUCAGCUGUUCACUUCGUCCCUGUACCUUGCCGCCUUGGUGUCCAGCUUUGUAGCUUCCAAGCUGUGCACCAAACAUGGCCGGCGGCUGACGAUGCAGGCGGCGUCAGUGUUUUUCUUGGUCGGUGUCGUCCUCAAUGCAGCUGCUCGGAACAUUGCCAUGCUGAUCAUAGGAAGAAUUCUCCUCGGAGUUGGUGUUGGAUUCGCUAAUCAGGCUGUUCCUCUAUUCUUGUCGGAGAUCGCACCAGUCCACAUCAGAGGAGCCCUAAACAUCCUCUUCCAGCUCGACGUGACGAUCGGGAUCUUCGUAGCGAACAUCGUGAACUACUUCGUCUCCAAUAUCCACCCAUGGGGGUGGAGACUCGCUCUUGGCUUGGCCGGCGUGCCGGCGACCAUGCUUUGCUUGGGCUCCAUGGUGAUCGCGGAGACACCGACGAGCCUCAUCGAGCGCGAGCAGCUGAUGGAAGGUCUGGCCAUGCUGAAGAAGAUUCGGGGUACCGAUAACGUUAACGCGGAGUACGAAGAGAUCCUGCACGCGUGCGAGAUGGCACGACAGGUGAAGCAACCAUUCAGGAACCUCAUGAAGCGAUCCAGCCGGCCGCAGCUGGUGAUCGCCAUCGCAAUGCAGGUCUUCCAGCAGUUCACUGGGAUCAACGCCAUCAUGUUCUAUGCGCCGGUCCUCUUCCAGACCAUCGGAUUCAAGAACGACGCGUCGCUGCUCUCCGCUGUCAUCACCGGCAUCGUUAAUGUUCUAUCCACCGUCGUGUCGGUGGUGUUGGUGGACAAGCUCGGCAGGAGAUUCCUGCUACUCGAAGCCUGUGGGCAGAUGCUGAUCACACAGGUGGCGAUUGGAGGUGUUCUGCUUGUGAACUUGAAGUCGACGAACGAGCUCGAACACGGGGUGGCGGUCUGGGUGGUGGUGCUCGUGUGCCUGUACGUGUCGAGCUUUGCCUGGUCUUGGGGUCCGCUUGGUUGGUUGAUUCCCAGCGAAACCUUCCCCCUGGCGACGAGAACCGCGGGCUACGCCUUCGCCGUCAGCUCCAACAUGCUCUUCACCUUCGUCAUCGCCCAGGCUUUCCUGUCCAUGAUGUGCCAUCUACGAGCCGGGAUCUUCUUCUUCUUCGCUGCAUGGAUUGUGGUGAUGGGGUUGUUCGUCAUAUUCCUGUUGCCCGAGACGAAGAAUGUGCCGAUCGAUGAGAUGAGCGAGAGAGUCUGGAAGCGACACUGGUACUGGAAGAGAUUCAUGGACGAGGAAGAACAACAUAAAAAGGAUUCCGUCUAA